ACUCCAGGACCCACCAAGCCCUUGCACUGAGGAGGAAGAGGGUGCCUUUCUGAAGUUCGGGAUCAACCAGAUCAACCUGAAUCCGAAGAAGACAUCUCUCCAUCACCUAUGUGAAAGGUUCGGACAUGUUGGCCCUUUGGUGGCGGAAAAGAUCGCCGACACCGUGGCCGAAAACCACCUGGAGCUCCUUCUGAACCAUUACCUGGAGUCGCCGUUAAGCGCCUGUGAGAAGAUGAUGCGUGGCGUCCUCUUCUCCUCGCUCUGCAGCCUGGAGCACGCGUUAUUCUUUUUUCUGCACACAGUUAACGACUCCUCUCAGAAAGCGCGACAGAAGGAAGACUACAUCGUCAGGAAGGCGAAGGCGCUCAAGGCGCUGGGGCUCCUUGUGACAGAUUUGGUGGACGACACAACAUUCAGGAUGUGGAUGGCAUUAGUGUCCAACACAUUGCUAUAUGCCGUGGUGCUUUUUGGAUCCAGGCUCCACGACGAGGACCGCCAGAAGCUGAAGGACCACAUGUCCAUGGAGGAGCUAAUUGACAUCAUCAAGGUCUUGCUGGCGAGGUCCAUGCCGGAAAUGAGCUCCGUGAUCCAGACCAUGCUGGAUGGUGCCCAAUGUGGGAUGCUGUGCCAACGCUCUGGCCGCAACAAAGCGCCAACUGACCUUUAAGGACUAUUAACCCAGGCAGAAGAGGAUGGCAGCCCAAUGCUACUACUACUGCUACUACAGUGGGCCCUUGGUAUCCGUGGGGGAUCCGCGUAUGCU